AUGACAUUCACUCCCACCUAUGAUGGAGUAUGGCCGGUAGACUCUUCCACCAUGAAGUUCUUGAUCCUUUCCUUAGCUGCAGUCGCUACGUCUGUUGCUGUCCCCCAAGGAUAUAAUCUAGCAGCGCCCUCCGGAAGAGGAUUUUCCCAUGGCGCUCAAGGUGGAGGAGGAUCCUUCACUGGUGGAGGCGGAGGAUUCUCUGGAGGUAGUGGAUUUUCAGGCAGUGGAGGUGGCUUUUUAAGUAGUGGAGCAAGUGGUAUCUCCAGCGGUGGAGGUGGAUUUUCAGGCAACGGAAGAGGUGGAUUCUCAAAUGUCGGUUCUUCAUCUGGACAAGGUUAUGGGGGCGGAGGUUCCGGAGGAGCCUGCAGAGAAGGAGAGAUCCUGCACGUAGAUGGAUCGUGCGUCGUUCCCAUCGUUACAAGAAAUGUGUUCGUUUAUGAUGCUCCCGAACAGCCUCAAGGGGAAAGCGGUCCACCACCAAGUAUUCCACCCCCGAGGGUUGAUCACAAUAUUCUGUUCGUACGCAUUCCUGAAGAAGGUCCAGGACCCGAACCUAUUAUUGUUCCACCACCAAAACAGGAAAGCAUUGUGUACGUCCUGAACAAGAGCGGAGGUGACGGAGGACAACGCGUGAUCGAGGUGACAGCUGCCCCUCCUUCAAAUCCUGAGGUAUAUUUCGUCAACUACGAAGAGGGAGAAAAUCCAACUCUUCCUAUUGGAGUGGAUCUUCAGACUGCUCUCCAGGCAGCUGCUGAAGCAGGCGGUCAGGUCAUCGGAGGUUCCGGUGGUGCCGGAGGAGGAAUCAGCGGUGGUUUUGGAGGCGGUUCCGGUGGUGCUGGAGGAUUUGGAAGCGGAUUUGGCGGUAGUGGAAGUGGCGCUGGUGGGUUUGGAAGUGGUCCCGGCGCAGGUAGUGUUGGAAGCUUUGGUGGUAACAGCGGGAGUUCAGGAAGCGGAAGAGCGUCAGGCAGUGGCCUCUACGGUCCUCCAUCUUAA